AGUUCUUUUUCUGAAGACACUUAAAUUUGUGCUCACUUUUUGUUUUCUAGCCAAGAAUGAAAAUCAAAAAUCAGUCAGAGAUACAGUAUGGUGAUGCAUUGUUGUUGAUAGAUCAAUAUAAAUUUGUGAAAUAUUUGAGGGAAAUGUAUUUAGUUAAAUAAUUUACAAGUGUAACUUUUGAGUUUUAUUUUACAAUGCAGUGCUGAAUAUUGUGGAGAUAGAAUUGAAUUUGUAUUAAUUAAUCAGUUGACUUGUGGUGUUUAGGGAACAAAAUUAAAAUCAAAAUAUUCAAUGAAGUUCCCUUAUCACCCAAUGUUGUGGAAUAGUGAAGUAAUGAAGAUUUAACCUCACUACAGUCUUUCUCAAAUGCUGUCCAGGCUUUUGUAUGCUUAAGAAUAACUAACCUCGCGAUGUCAGACCAGAAAUCAUCUUGGCAUGAGAUUGGAUCACUAUGGAUCAUUAUGCACCAGUCAAUUGUAAAAACGGCUCUUACAUCUGGGGGUAUGACGGGGGUUGCCGGCGAAAUGGGCCAUGUUUUUACCUUUCAGGUGGCCCCGCAGUGCCGGGUCUUCCCGGAAAAUACAGUGUGGAUUGGGCUUAACCUAAUGUCCCUUGGGUGUGGGGGCAUUUGGUGGGGACUUUACCAUCAGAUUAUCUCCAUAGGGCGGGGAUUUUAGCUGGGGUUGACUGAUCCGAAAGUAAAAGUCCCCACUAUUCGGGGACCGGGGGGGCAUGGUUAUAAUUGACUGAUGCAUUAGCUUGUGUAUUCAGAUAAAGUUAAGAAUAUAUAUUUAUUUAUAUAAGUUAUACUUUGCAAUCUAAAUCAAAGAUUUGAAAAAGGUAUCCUGUAUCAAUAAAUGCAAGUAUACAUAAAUGACUGUGCAAAUCUUUAUGUAUCAUCCAAAUAUGAGUACCUUGCAGGGUGAAUGUUAUUUGUUAAAAUUACAUUGUUAAAAGUGAGCUUUCAAGAUUACCUUUCCAAUCGCAUACACAAUGCAGUUUGAAACCUGGAUAAUUAAAACAAAUCUUGGUUGUAGACCAUAAGUAUUAAAUAUUUGAUAAGUCACAGACAUUAUAAGGUACAGUUUAAAGGGGCUGUACUCAGUUAAUGAUGAAAAAGCAAAAAUUUAAAGAAAAUUGUAGAAAAUUGACAUAAACUUGGUAUCGAUGUGUACAAUUAAUGCAUUGAAACUUACUAACUGAUGAUCCCCAUAGUUUACAAAUGAUUUAUUAAUAGCAGUUAUUUCGUGUUUUUCCAUUAAAAAAAGAUUACUAGGUAUGUCUACCGAGUAGAAUUCAUUUCUUAUGCGUGAUCUGUCGUUGAUGUUAUUACAUGAUAUUAGCGAGUUAGGUAUACAUCUGGAAAAUUCCACCCAGUAAAAGUAAGUCUUCAUUGCAUAGUAGAUACGACACUUCACUGCAAUUUUUUUUCAUUUUGGUACUUUAUUUACAAUAACGAUAUCAAAGAGUAAAAUAUUUUAUUAAAUAAGUGUCCUUAGAUUUGUUACAGGAAAAAAAUAUCUGUUUUGUUGCCAAUCUGGUGUACAAUCCCUUUCAUAAACAACAAGUGAAGACAAUGCUGUAUUAAUUUAAGACAAACGAAAAGAACACAGCACAAAGUUCAAAAAGUGUGACUAAUGUGAGAAUACCUUACAUAAUUUAUAAAUUUGCAUGCCAUUCAGACAAUUUUAAUGCUAGAAAUCACAAAAAAUCAUUCCCUUGAAUUAUUCCUGUCAUAGUUUAAAGCUGCACUCUCACAGAUUUACCGUUUUUACAACUUUUUUUUUUUACUUGGAAAGAGCAAAUUUUUGCGUUAACAUCUUCAAACAAUGAUAUCAGAUUGCUGACAAACAAUCAGCUUGUAGUUUGUCAUAUUUCCUUUCGAAAAUUAAUGUUUUAUGGCUUAAACCGUUACUAACAGUUUAAGAAUAAUGAUUAAAACAUCAUUUUUUUAACUUUAAUAUAAAAAUCUGCCAUCUUAAUUUUGGUCAGUAGUCUUAUAUAACUGGUUUCCAUGGAUUUUCGCAAAAACUGGCUUGUUCCAAGACAAAAAAAUAAAUAAGUUGUCAAAACGUUCAAUGUGUGAGAGUGCAGCUUUAAAGUCAUAAUAAAAUUUCAAUGCACUGCAUUCGACAUAAUUUUAAACAGAUGAAAAAAUGUUAUUUUUAAAAAUCACAAUAUAUCCUUUAUGUGACCUUACAUUAUAAUGAAUUUAUUCAGAUCAUAAUUAAGUGACUUUUCUUGCACUUAAAUGUGAACAAGAAAGCUUGGGAUUGAACACUAAAUGAAACAAGAAUGAAAUUAAAUGAAUCACAAAAUAUCAUCAAAAUUAUACACACAAAUGUUCUUUGAUAUACAAAAAAAUGAAACUUUUUAGACUUUCAAAAUUUAACAUUUACUAAAUACGGUUAUAUAAAAUGAUGAAUACAUUUGUAGGAUUUUAUUUCCUUCUAGAUGUAACUCGGCUUCGUUCAUUUUUCUAAACUUUCUCUCAGUGAUGAGGAAUAAAUUUUAUGCACUGCAGUUGUUUUCUAAGUUUAUGAAAAUAAGAACAAUUGAAACAAUUCAUUAACUACUGUUGAUCAGUGCAGAUUGUUGGAGGUCAUGGUUGAUUUCAAUGAACCACCAAUAAGCCCUGCCAAAAUUGGAUACUGAUUGGUCAGUCAGGUGCUUUUGGUAGGCAUUAUUAGCAUGAAUGUUCAUUUUAACCAUCAUUAUGAAUGUUUACAAAAUCAUUGAAUAUUGAAAUAACAAGCAAAAUGUUAGUUUGAAUGAUGAAAGCCAUGAAAUACGUAAGUAUUCAAAAAGAGACCAGUUUUUCAGCUUGUGUAAAUAAUGAGAAAAUAAUAAGUAAAAUUAUUUAUUGUUUAUCAGGAAAAUGUUGAAAUCUCAUGUUUAGGCCUAUAGUGAACAUACUUGAUUGCUAUGUUAUUGGCACUUAUUGCAAUAUGUUUUAUUCAUUGCAAUAUUUAUGUAAAACAUUAAUUAUUAUGUUGACUUAAGUUUGAAGAUAAGAACUAAUGGUAUAGGUGAUGUGAGAAUGAUCUUGUAAGUCUUUAAAACACCUUUUGGUAUUGUGAGUUUUUUUGCUCCAGUCUUGUUCAGUUUAGUUUUGAAGAUUUUCAAAGUAACUGCAAAACAAGUCCAGCUGUCUAGAAAGACUAUGUCAAACCCUGACCAGAUAUAAUUUCUUGUCUUUUCAAAUUACCAACUUGGCAAUGGUUUUAUCAUAACAUAGGAUAUUGGUUUUAAAGAACAUGUUAGUGUUUUUGUAUGUGGAAUGAAACAUCAUAAGUGGCACUAAACUGAACAUAAUUUAUAGUUCUCAUUGAUAUUACACAUAGCCCCAAGUACAUGUUGAUCUAAGAUUUAAGGCUUGGAUGGAGUCAGGGCAAGAAAAAUGCAUGUUAAUACAUUGUACUUUCCAACACAAGAACUGUUUAUUUAUUCAAGUAAAUAAAGCAAUCCCCACACCAAGAAACUGCAGUAUUGCUUAACCAGCUUAAUUGACAUUAUGAGUUGGAGUUCAAAUUGCUGCAAUUAAAGGCACAUCUAGUUUACAGAAUUAUUCAAACUCUGAUUUAGCAACCUUAAUAUAGUUAUAUGAACUACUUUUGCGAAAUGAAAGCUUUUUUAGAUUUACAAGGACGGGUGAAAAGUAUUUGCCAAAUGUACUGCAACAUCUGAUACCUGUUGCCUAGGAAUCCAACAAAUUCUUUGCACUUCAAAUGUUACAGUACUAUUCAAUUUGGAGUGCCUGAAAAGAAAGCUUUUUGAUUCUAAAUUCAACAUCUUCUUUCUGUAUGACAUAUUGGACCAGGAGAAUCAUGAACCUACAACCUUUUGCAUCUAUUGUCCUUUCCGAUAACUUGGUUACUUCCCCUGAUUUCUAAGGGAGGCUACUCCAUUUCCUACUUCCGGGGAAUACAUUUUGCAAGAUGGCCGACGUAGACAAUGAGAUCACUGGGGCGUGUAUGAAUAACAAUGAGUUGACACCAUUUAAGGUCGUCGAUUUGAAAAGAUACCUUGCGAACCGGAAAUUGAAUGUAUCAGGUCUUAAAUGCGAAUUGAUUGAGAGGAUAAAAGGCGCAUAUAGACUUUCUAUAACUGACAAACGCGUGCUGGAGGAGAGAGAUCGGGAAGAAAGAGAGAGAAGAGCAACCGAACGCUUUAUCCUCCCAUGUGGCGAGGGUCUUCCACCGCCAUCAACACUGAAGGCAUGGAAGUCCACUAUUGAUCUGUUUCCUGCUGUAGAGGAAAAGGAUAUAUACAACUACAUUGUACUGAAAAGAGACUCGAAACGUCAAUUGAAGGCGAGGACUUAUUAUGUGGACGGACAUGUACAGAAAGUUGAGGUCCAUCUCAUAAGCGAAGAGUGCAGCCACUGUUAUGUUCAAGCUUCCGUGCUGCCAUCAUUUCCAACUGCAGACAAAAGAAAGUCACCAGAGUACCAACCCUGGAUCCUUCUGUCGAAAGUGACUGGCUGCAUACACUCCGCGUUCUGCAACUGUCCAGCUGGUGAAGGUGAAUGCUGCAACCAUAUUGGUGCCCUGCUGUAUGGACUUGAAGACCUGACGCGUAAAAAAACCCUUGCUCCAACAUCCAAACCCUGUGCCUGGAACAACUUCAGCAUGCUGUCUGCACCACGGAAACGUAAGCUGUCGCCUAGGAAAUCUGAAGAUCUUAUGUUCUCAAAGAAGAAACUGUACAACGUGUCAGUACGUAAAGUUUCUGUAAACAAAAACCAUGAACUGAACUCUAUCAAUGGAUGCACUGUUAACAUUGACAGAUUUAGGCAGAAACUGGUUGGUUCGAAGUUGAAUGUAGGCUGGUUAAAAAACUUUGAAAUUGAAACAACUGAAAAUGAACCAGAUCUCCCUGUGUUACAUUCUGUGCCAUUCAACUACCAUGAUAGUGUAAACUUGAGGGACAGUUCUAGUAAGACAGUGUUUUUGGAUCAUUUUGACUCUUUGAAGCAAAGCGCUGAAGAAAUUCAAUUAACUGAAAUCUUAACAAGGGGCCAAAAAAGUGGGAAAUGGCAAGAGGCCAGAAAAGAACGCCUAACAGCUUCAAACUUUGGCAGCAUCUGUCGUAGGAAAGAAUCAACUGAACCUGACGGACUCCUGCGGCAGAUGUUGUAUUCCAAUUUCACAAGCAAGUACACAGAAUAUGGAAUUAAACAUGAGAAGGCUGCAAAGAGAAUGUAUGCGAAAGCAAUGCAAACUGACCACAAAGGACUAGCAGUUAAAGACAGUGGUCUAGUUGUAUGUGCCGACAGACCCUACCUUGGUGCCAGUCCAGAUGGGCUUGUGUUCUGUUCACAUUGUACAGAAAGUGUUGGUCUGGUUGAGAUUAAGUGUCCUGCCUCUAAGAAAUGGAGGAUGCAAACGCCUGAGGAAUGCUGUGAAGACAAUGAUUUUUUUUGUCAGUUAGAGAAUGGCAAGGUGUUACUCAAGGAAACACACAAAUAUUACUACCAGGUCCAAGGGCAGAUGGGAAUCACCGGGAGGAAAUGGUGUGAUUUUGUAGUUUGGACAUGUGUAGGUCUUUCUAUACAGAGAAUUGCAUUUUGUGAAUCAUUUUGGCUGAAAAUGUUGUGUCAACUUGACAGAUUUUGCCUUGAAUCAUACAUUCCUGAACUGUACGCACAACGUGUUAAAAGGGGAAUGAGUCUGUUCAAUUGAUUUGUACAUCGUCUAGU